AUGGCGUGGGUCAAUCAGGGCAUGCAAGCUCUGAUCCCUGUUAUCAAUAGGGUACAGGAUGCGUUUUCUCAAUUAGGGACUAGUGUAAAUUUUGAAUUGCCCCAAAUCGCUGUAGUUGGAGGACAGAGUGCUGGAAAAUCAUCAGUAUUGGAAAAUUUCGUGGGAAGAGAUUUCUUGCCUCGUGGUUCGGGCAUCGUCACUCGACGUCCCCUCAUUUUGCAACUAAUUCAGGAUAGAAAUGAGUAUGCUGAAUUCUUGCACAAGAAAGGAACAUAUUUCUCGGAUUUCGAUGCUGUCCGUAAGGAGAUCGAAGAUGAAACUGAUCGAGUUACUGGUUUGAACAAGGGGAUAUCACCGCAUCCAAUCAAUUUGCGAGUUUUCAGUCCCAACGUGCUCAAUCUAACAUUAAUCGAUCUUCCUGGACUGACAAAAGUACCUGUUGGUGAUCAGCCGCCAGACAUCGAGCAUCAGAUCCGCGAAAUGAUUUUAACUUUCAUCAGCAGAGAAACUUGCCUUAUCUUGGCAGUUACUCCGGCUAACAGUGACCUCGCCACAUCUGAUGCUUUGAAGUUGGCGAAGGUACUGUGUUUGGCAGAGUGUUACGAAUGGCUACUUCUCCACAACAAAAGUUUCUUCCAGGAAGUUGAUCCCCAAGGCUUGCGCACCAUUGGAGUCUUGACAAAACUGGAUCUCAUGGAUGAGGGCACUGAUGCUCGCGAUAUUUUAGAAAAUCGUCUUUUUCCACUCCGUCGAGGUUAUGUUGGAGUAGUCAACCGGGGUCAAAAAGACAUUGUUGGUAAGAAAGAUAUACGCGCUGCCCUGGAUGCUGAGAGAAAAUUCUUUUUAUCGCAUCCCGCCUACAGGCAUAUGGCGGAUCGCUUGGGCACCCAGUUUCUUCAACACACACUCAAUCAGCAGUUAACAAAUCACAUCAGAGAUACACUGCCAACCCUCCGAGACAGUCUACAAAAGAAACUUUUUGCAUUGGAAAAGGACGUCGCUGAGUAUAAGAAUUUCCAACCAAACGAUCCUGGCCGCAAAACUAAAGCUCUUCUCCAGAUGGUUCAACAAUUCACGGUUGAUAUUGAGAGAUCAAUCGAAGGUUCCUCUGCGAAACUUGUUUCGACAAAUGAGCUCAGUGGAGGUGCCCGUAUCAACCGACUCUUCCAUGAACGCUUCCCAUUUGAAAUUGUGAAAAUGGAGAUUGAUGAGAAGGAAAUGCGAAAAGAAAUACAGUUCGCCAUUCGAAACAUUCAUGGUAUCAGAGUCGGCUUGUUCACACCGGAUAUGGCAUUUGAGGCUAUCGCAAAGAAACAGAUCGCACGAUUGAAGGAACCGUCAUUGAAAUGUGUGGACCUUGUUGUGAAUGAACUUGCCAACGUCAUAAGACAAUGCGCGGAAUGUCUAUCGCGCUAUCCACGUUUACGGGAUGAAAUAGAACGUAUAGUUGUGACGAGAGUUCGCGAAAAGGAGCAAUACGCAAAAAAUCAAAUCUCACUUAUUGUUGAUUACGAACUUGCCUAUAUGAACACGAAUCAUGAAGACUUCAUCGGGUUCAGCAAUGCUGAAGCGAAAGCAUCUCAGGGACAAGCCUCGUCCAAGAAGAAUCUUGGGGUGCAGGUGAUCCGAAAAGGAUGGCUGUCUAUCAACAAUAUUUCCUUUAUCAAAGGGUCGAAAGAUUGUUGGUUUGUAUUGAUGUCGGACAGUUUGAGUUGGUUCAAGGACGACGAGGAGAAGGAGAAGAAGUACAUGCUGCCACUUGACGGCAUCAAAUUGCGUGAUAUUGAAAGCGGCUUCAUGUCUCGUCAGCACAAAUUCGCUCUCUUCUAUCCGGAUGGAAAGAAUAUCUAUAAGGAUUAUAAGCAACUCGAGUUGGGAUGUAAUAAUCUCGAUGAAGUGGACGCAUGGAAAGCCUCUUUCCUCCGAGCCGGCGUGUAUCCUGAAAAACAGAAAGCAGUAGCAGAGGAUGAGGCAAGAGGUGUGCUUAUCAGAAACUGUUUGUUUAAUCAAGUCGAAGUCGAAGAGACUUCCAUGGAUCCACAAUUGGAGCGUCAGGUGGAAACUAUUCGAAAUUUGGUGGACUCAUACAUGCGCAUCAUCACGAAGACAAUCAAAGACCUUGUUCCGAAAGCGAUAAUGCAUCUCAUUGUAUCACAGGUCACGCAAUUCAUGCACGAUGAGUUGUUGGCUCAUAUUUACCAAUGCGGAGAUACGGACAGCUUAAUGGAGGAAUCGCAAAUAGAAGCCCAAAAGAGGGAAGAAAUGCUUCGAAUGUACCACGCUUGCAAGGAGGCUCUCCGUAUUAUAUCCGAGGUCAAUAUGUCCACGCUAGGAGACACACCUCCACCACUUCCCCCGAGUGACUACAGACCAAUGCCAUCAGGACCGUCACCAGUACCUCGGCCCGCUCCUGCUCCACCAGGGGGACGACAUGCCCCAAUGCCACCGCGACCUGGACCUGGUGGACCGGGAGGCCCUCCACCACAUCGAGGACCCCCAGGUCCACCCCCUGGCCAAGGCGCUUACCCACCUCCUCUGAUACCGACGUGA